CCUUAGAUACUGUGGGGCCGGCUUAGCAGCAGCGGGCGCUGCUCCCGCUCAGACUGGCCGUGCAGCUGCUCGGAGCAGUCACAAGAUGCGGGCGGUCAUUGCUUUAAUCGCUAUGCUCAGCAGCCUGCUUCUCUUCGUGUGCCUCCUCUGGCUCACAGCAGACGGGUCCCUCAGCACCAGGAGCUGGGAGGAGGAGGCCAAAUCAACUACUGAUGUCACACCUAAAGGGCUGAGAAAACUCAGGUCCCCUUUAACAUCUGUCCAGCUUGCUACUCAAACCGAGAACAGAACAACUCUCAGAAAUGCAAUUUACCAACUUCAACAGGCUUCAAAAUGUAAGGAGAUGCAGGACAACAUUUGGUCUUCAUCUAUCAAGAAGAAAAGGUACUCUGAAGAUUAUUACCUUCAGAUAGUGACAAAAAUACAGAACUGCACAUGGAAAAGAAGACCAGAAGAAUAUACAAAAUUUAGGUUAGAACUAGCUUCCUGCUGUGAUGCUGUUCACAACUUUAUUGCUUCUCAAAACAAUACCCCGCUGGGAAGUAACAUGAGUUAUGAGGUGGACAAUAAAAAGACUAUCCUCAUCACAGAGGACAUUUUUAGGAUGCUGCCUGAGUCCCCACCCCUUCUGGGCUAUCCUUUUAAGCACUGUGCAGUGGUUGGAAAUGGGGGCAUUCUGAAAAAUUCCAGCUGUGGAGCUGAAAUCGAUAACUCUGACUUUGUAUUUAGGUGUAACCUUCCCCCAACCACAGGAAGCAUUAGCAAAGAUGUUGGCAAUAAAACAAGUCUCGUGACUGUUAAUCCAAGUAUCAUAGCACAGAAAUACAACAAGCUGAAUGAAAAGAAGGUGACAUUUCUGGAGAAUAUUGCAAGUUAUGGAAAUGCUUUCCUUUUAUUGCCAGCAUUUUCCUUCAAAAGCAACACAGGUACUUCUUUCAAAGUAUACCACACUCUACAAGAAUUCAGAGCAAAACAGAGGGCGAUAUUUUUUCAUCCCAGGUACCUGAAAAGUCUAGCCCAGUUCUGGAGAACAAAGGGCGUGAAAGCAUAUCGACUGUCUUCUGGUUUUAUGAUUGCUAGUGCUGCUAUUGAACUGUGUGAGAAUGUGAAGUUGUAUGGCUUCUGGCCUUUCUCUAAAACCACAGAGGAGAUGCCAAUCAGUCACCACUAUUAUGACAACCAACUGCCCAAACCAGGUUUCCAUGCAAUGCCCAAAGAAUACAACCAGAUUCUCCAACUUCAUGGAAAGGGCAUUCUGAAGCUGCAGUUUGGUAAAUGUGACUCAGACUGAAAAGGGUGGUGAUUCCAAAGGAGAACAUUUGUGUAUAUCUCAAAAGUUUGGUAAUGGAUUUGAUAUGAUGUUGUUUUGUGAGCAUUAAACUGCACUAUUAUAAUUUGGAAAUAUUUUACACUUAAGGAGAAAAGUGAAUGAUUUUUGACAUAGUGAUUGCUACAUUUUUGAACUUCUUGUAAUCAAAAUUGUUUAUGCAAACAAAAUUUAUCUGGAAAAUCUUUGGAACUCCUGACUAUUGGUUAAAUUUAACAAACCACAAUCUCAAGAUGGUGCCACUAUAUGACUUCCGUAAUAGUUUGCUUGUUAAAUUAUUAUAAUUUAAAAAUGUUUUGACAUUUUUGUUCUUUUCAUAUAAGAUGUACAAAUGUGUGUAUUUAUUAGCUCCCUGGUAUGAUGUGUUAGAUUUGGCAAUGGACUUUUUCUACUGAAGGCAUUGAUCCUGCAAAUUCCUCCACUAAGUGGAAUAGUUAUUGCAGAAAAAAGUUAUUUUGAUUGUGGAGUAGAGUGCCCACACUAGGGUGUUAUACCACCAGUCAGUUUCCCCAAGUAGAUAAGCCCUUACCCCUGUGUUUAAUUUUACGCACUGCGAGUAACCUCGUGGAUGUAAUAGGACUACUUGUUUGCAUGGUGUAGGCUUUUGCAGGAUCAGAGACCUAUAAUUUUUUUUUAAACCAUAGUUUGUUUAAUUGUAUUCUCUUGUUGGUUCAGUUCAACUCCUGCUAAGGACAAUGGGCUGGAUUCUAUGUUGUGCCUCCUAGAACCCUGGUAGUGCACACCAUUAGGGGCAUUUCUCCUCCACCACAGUCAGGGCCGGCUUUAGGAAGUGCGAGGCCCAAUUUGAACAGUUUCGGUGGGGCCCUGGCAGGGAUGACUUUAAAAAAAACAUGUAAAAAAAUACAUGGGACUUGUAUUCACCAGGCAGUGCUCCCAGUUUUCAGUGGCACUUCGGCGGCAGGUCCUUGCCUCGCUCCAGGUCUUCAGCGGCACUGAAGGACCUGCCACUGAAGUGCCACCGAAGACCCAGAGCAAGUGAAGGACCCGCUGCCAGAGUGUCGCUGAAGACCCGAAGCGAGCGAAGGACCUGCUGCCUAAGUGCCAUUGAAGACCUGGAGCACCGCCAGGUGAGUAAAAAUUAAAAA